AUGCCUGGCGUUCCUCACCCCAACCCCAGAACAACGCUUUCUCCAGCGCCCAGCCCCAGCAGGCAGAUGGCAGGCCCUCUUCUUCACUUGGGGUCCUUAUCCCAACGGGAAAAAAUGGCUAAACAGCCCUGGGGAAAUGACUACAUGCUCGUUCUAAUUACAGCAGGCUGGGAGAAAAGGCCUCCUACUAACAAUGGACUGACAGAGGAAAGAGCAAAGGUUCAAGAAGAGAUCAUCAGCACUGAUUCACAUAUAAUGAAUAAGGGUCAACUGAGCCUACUUUUCAGUGUGAUCUUCCUAAUCCAAAUGGUGUGUUGCUGUCCCGAGAAAUGCCGCUGUUCUUCUUCACGUUCUGUAGACUGCAGUCAUCAAGGCCUGGUGAAAAUCCCUUCUAAUUUGCCUCCUCAGACUCUCAAGUUGCACUUACAAGAUAACCAGAUACAGCGGCUUCCUACCUUUGCCUUUAGGUCAGUUCCACAGCUCAUUGCCUUGAACUUGGGCAAUAAUGCCCUUUCCUUUUUGGCCCCUGGAGCCUUCCAUGGACUUCAGCAUUUGCAGGUCUUAAACCUAACCCAGAAUUCCCUGCAUUCCCUGGAAAAUAGACUUUUUCACUCCCUUCCACAACUGAGGGAGCUAGAUUUGUCAUUCAACAACCUCAGUCACCUACCUAUAACCUUGGGGAAACCAUGGGAGAACCUAACUAUAUUUGCAGUUCAACAAAACCAGCUCCAGUUGCUUGAUCGAGUCCUUCUAGAAUCUAUGCCCAGUGUGAAGAUCUUAUUUCUCAAGAACAAUCUCUGGAAAUGCAACUGCAACUUGUUUGGUCUAAAACUCUGGCUGGAGAACUUCCUCUACAAAGGGGGAGUCAUCGAUGGCAUCACCUGUGUGUCACCAGACCCCUGGAAGGGAAAGGACCUCCUUACAAUCCCUCAUGAGCUAUACCAGCUCUGUUCUUUUCCGACUUCAGAUAUGGAGUCCCUGCGAGUGUCACAGUCAGGAUCUGCUCAUCAGACUGUCCUAAGGUCACCUGAGAGCCAGUCAGACUGUGAGCUCAAGCCCAAGCCUAAAGUGCCCAACCUGCGUCAUGCGGUAGCUACCAUUGUCAUCACAGGGAUUGUGUGCGGAAUCGUGUGUCUCAUGAUGCUGGCAGCAACUAUUUAUGGCUGCACCUAUGCAGCUAUGACAGCCCAAAGCCAGGGUGGACCCUUGGCUCAAAUCCCCAAGCUUUCAAAGACAGAAGGAAACGAGUUUUUGGAUAGCUUGCCAGCCUGAGAACUUUAGUAU